UGGUUGUUUAAGUAUAUCCAUGGCGAUUCCGGUGAUUGAUUUCUCCAAGCUCACCGGUGAGGAGAGGGCAAAGACGAUGGCCCAAAUCGCUAAUGGAUGUGAAGAAUGGGGAUUCUUUCAGCUGGUGAACCAUGGAAUCCCAGAGGAGCUUCUGGAAAGGGUGAAGAAGGUAUGCUCGGAGUGCUAUAAGCUGGAAAGAGAAGAAAAUUUCAAGAACUCAAAACCUGUGAAGCUGUUAAACGAGCUGGUGGAAAACAAGAGCAGUGCCAAGUUGGAGGAUAUUGAUUGGGAGGAUGUUUUCAUUCUCCUUGACGACAACGAGUGGCCAUCCCGAACACCUGGGUUCAAGGAAACAAUGGCGGAAUACCGGUCCGAAUUGAAGAAAUUGGCUGAGAAGGUUAUGGAAGUGAUGGAUGAAAAUCUGGGUUUGCCAGAGGGGUACAUCAAGAAGGCACUAAACGGGGGUGGGGAAGAGGAUGAGGAUGCCUUCUAUGGCACCAAGGUCAGCCAUUACCCACCCUCGCCUCAUCCCGAUAUGGUGAACGGUCUCCGGGCUCAUACUGAUGCAGGCGGGGUUGUCCUUCUCUUCCAAGAUGACAAGGUGAAAGGCCUUCAAAUCCUCAAAGACGGGAAAUGGAUCGACGUGCAGCCAUUGCCAAACGCCAUCGUGAUCAACACAGGAGAUCAGAUAGAGGUGCUAAGCAAUGGCAGGUACAAGAGUGUUUGGCACCGGGUUUUGGCUACCCCAGAUGGGAACAGGAGAUCUGUUGCUUCAUUCUAUAAUCCUUCCCUCAAGGCCACCAUAGCUCCUGCCCCCCAACUCCUGGAAAAGACAAAACAGGAAGCACAGGAUUAUCAAAUAGCUGCCAGCACUUACCCGAAGUUUGUGUUUGGUGACUACAUGUCUGUCUAUGCUGAGCAGAAGUUCCUCCCAAAAGAGCCAAGGUUCCAAGCUGUGAGAGCCAUGUAAUUAAUUAAUGAACAGCAAGGAUGAUGAUCAUGGAAAAUUGAUCUCGCAUCAGAUAUUGAUGGGGAAGAUCAAAAGUUUAACUUUUUCUUUUGUUUGUUCUUUUGAAUUUUGUCCAAACGCAACUGGCUUCUCCUUUUCUUAGUUGUCAACACUGAUGAUAGGGAAGGAUAGAAAGCUCGAGUGUGUGUUAUAGGAUAUGGUUGGUGUGUGUCAUGCUUCUAUAUAUUUCUUGUAUUGAUCAUGUUGCUUUGUUUAAUUAAAUGUACUAGCACAGGUAUGCUUUGUACAUUACUAUCAUAUACAUAUAAUUCUUCUUUGACUUCA